AUGGUCCAUUUGACGUUAUUCACUAAUCAAAAGGACGACAUGCAACCGCCUCCAACUUUGGAUUCUCCGUCACGUACAAGAUCAAUUUCUAUAUCAAGAUUUUUCAAGACUGGAAACCAUAAUUCCACCAGUUCAGCCACUUCACCCUCACGAUUAUUCGAUGAUGAUGUAUGGAACACUAGUGAUGAUCCUGUUGUUUUAGAUUCGGACGAUCAUGCUGAUAGUACACGAAUUGACGCGCCUGUGGAAAAAUUACCAGUGGGGACUUCUGGAGAAGAAACCGAACUGGAACCACAUCAGCAUCUGGGCUACCAAGACAGUCCAAGUAUAGCCAAACUUAAGAGUCUUUUCAAACUAUCACUUAACAGUGGAAGUGAUGGGAAAAGUAGUAAUAACAGUGCGAGUCAAUCUCCCUCUGAGCCACAACAUCCACAAACUGUAAAGGACAUUCCUACUGAAACAAAAACUACUGUGGAAGAUCCACCAUCUACUAAACUUGACAAUAUCAACACUUCAGGAUCGUUUUCAUUUCCUACGAAACAAGAAGCAAGUCCCAAUAUGAUUAAGCGAUUCAUGGUGGGAAGGAAACGUUCAAUUUCUAAUCCAAUUGGUUCAAGAUCUCCUCCAUCUUCAGGUACCAUCAAAAAUCAACCAACAUCACCUCGUAUUGAAGAAAUUGCAACAUCGUCAUCUACAGAUAAAAUACAUCAAGAUGAGAACAACGUUCAUAAUAGCAACAACAGUCCUGUGGCAAAGUCAAACCCAUACUUUGCUCACCAAGGAUUCCCCCCACAUUUGAGUGAUAAGGGUCCAUCUGCUGUAGUAAAUGACAACCUCACGGUGUCAUUAAGGCACACCGAUUCGGUAUUUCUGUUGAGUGACAGUGGGGUACUCAAACCUCCAAGAUCUCAAAAGAGUACUAUUCUGCCAGAAGAAUCAUCAGACCUAUCUGAAAAUGAAGAAAACCAUUACAAGUCUACUGAAGAUCCAAAUACACCAGAAAAUAAUGGUAGUAGUCUGUCCACAAAUGGUGAUGAAGUUGAUUUAUCGUCGAUUAAAAAGGUGAUAACUAAUGCAUUAUCUCCCAAUAAGGAGUCACAUACAGUUCCUACAGUCGAUACACCACACGAGGAACUGUCACAGCAACAACAGUUACAGCCCCCCAGUAUAUCACCUUUCCAAAGAACUUUGAGGCGGGUUGCGUCAGCGCCAUUGGUACAUCGAUUACUAGCCGAAUCAAGUAGCCAUUCUAAAACCGAAUCUCAAGAGUCUAACGAGUUUGAUAUUACCAAGCAUAUAGGAGAGCUUAAAACUACUGGAAGACCACGAACGUAUACACAAGGUAGAAUGUAUUCCAACGCAUCUACCAAGAUAUUAGAUGCACAAGUGGAUCAAAAUUCAUUUGAAAAAAUUAGAUUACUUGGAAGAGGUGAUGUUGGUAAAGUAUACCUUGUUAAGGAAAUUACAUCAAAUAAAUUAUAUGCAAUGAAGGUACUCUCAAAGAAGGAGAUGAUUGAAAGAAACAAAAUCAAACGUGCAUUGGCUGAACAAGAGAUUCUUGCCACCAGUAAUCAUCCAUUCAUUGUGACAUUAUACCACUCAUUUCAAUCUGAAGAAUAUUUAUAUCUUUGUAUGGAAUAUUGUAUGGGAGGAGAGUUUUUCCGUGCACUUCAAACUAGAGAAUCUAAAUGUAUCCCUGAAGCAGAUGCCAAAUUUUAUGCAGCAGAAGUUACCGCUGCCUUGGAAUAUUUACAUUUGAUGGGGUUCAUUUACAGAGAUUUAAAACCAGAAAAUAUUUUGUUACAUCAAUCUGGUCAUAUCAUGUUGUCUGACUUUGAUUUAUCCAAACAAUCAGCAAGUACUAAAAACCCUGAAAUUUUCUUUAAGAGGAAUACUUAUGGGGCAAAUAAUGGCGGACCUACAUUAGAUACCAAAGCAUGUAUCGAUGGGUUUAGAACCAAUUCAUUUGUUGGUACUGAAGAAUAUAUUGCACCCGAAGUCAUUAGAGGUAAGGGACAUACCAGUGCCGUUGAUUGGUGGACUUUGGGGAUCUUUUUCUAUGAAAUGUUGUAUGGUACAACUCCAUUCAAAGGAUCACAAAGAAAUAAGACAUUUUCCAACAUUUUGAAAAAAGAUGUUAAAUUCCCUGAUAGCAAUAAUUAUCAAGGGAUAUCAUCAAAUUGUAAGAAUCUUAUCAGAAAAUUAUUAAUUAAAGAUGAAACGAAAAGACUUGGAUCAAAGACAGGUGCAUCUGAUAUUAAGAACCAUUCAUAUUUCAAGACCACACAAUGGGCUUUACUUAGAAACCAGAAACCUCCAAUGAUUCCCGUAUUGACGAAAUCCAAAUCAUCCAAACGAGAUCAACAGAGGGAAAGUAGUGAAGACAAGAAGACUACUAACAAGCAAAAGGAAGAGAAGGAAGAUAAAUUAUCAGAAGAAGGAGAUCCAUUUGCACAAUUUAGUUCUGUAACGUUACAUUAUGAUGAAACUUCGUGUCUUGAUGAUUCGAUGAUGUAUAAUAAGGAGGAUUCGAUGUACACCAGCGUUGCGUAUACCAUUACGAAUACUAGUCCACUGAAAGGGAAAAGUUUUUUAAAAAGAUAG